GGACUCUAUCCUGCUGCCCGACAAUGAGGAUCUCUAGCAAUCAUAUUUAUCCAAAUACCAGUGCAACAAAAUAUUGUGCAUUCGCUGAUUAGGUCCAUUUGUUACUCUUUUAAUUAUAGUAAAUAUAUCAUGAAAUCAAAAUUCUGACCUGUGGAAAACUUUAAAGUAUCACCUUCCAGGAAACAGGGUGCAUUCAGCCGGACAGCCAGACGUGUGAGCUAUAAGAAAGAAUGGGCUAUCGGAUGCCCAAAUAUGCUGUGCCCUGCAGCAUAGCUGGUGUCCUGGUGGGUGGGUGUGUCCUCGUGAAAGAUUACAUGGGUGGUCAAAUGUACAAAUCUACAGAGCGGAUUGUGGGGAAAACAGCUAUUGUCACUGGUGCUAACACAGGAAUAGGAAAAGAAACAUGCAGAGAGUUAGCAAGGAGAGGUGGCCGUGUGAUUAUGGCUUGUCGGGACCUGGAGAAGUGUGAGAAGGCUCGUGCGGAGAUCGUGCUGGAGACAGCCAAUAGGAACAUUCAGUGUAGACACCUGAAUCUAGCCUCGCUUGCAUCCAUCAGAACGUUUGCCAAAAUAACGAAUGAAAAGGAGCCUCAUGUUGACAUACUGGUAAAUAAUGCUGGAGUAAUGAGAUGCCCUAAACUACUGACAGAAGACGGAUUUGAAAUGCAGCUGGGUGUCAAUCACUUGGGACAUUUUUUGUUAACAAUGUUGCUGCUGGACAAGCUGAAGAAGUCAGCCCCAAGCAGGAUCAUUAAUGUAUCCAGCAUAGCUCAUAACCGAGGCAGGAUUAACUUUGAGGAUCUCAACAGUGCCAAGUCAUACAACCCUUCUGAGGCUUACAAUCAGAGUAAACUAGCUAACCUACUCUUCACCAAGGAACUAGCCAAACGCUUGGAAGGUACUAAGGUAACAGUAAAUGCGGUUCACCCUGGGAUAGUGAAGACAGAGUUGGGCCGUCAUAUGAGCAUAAGUAAGUCCUACCUUUCGUGGAUCUUCCUAGGCCCACCCAGCUGGCUACUGAUGAAGACCCCCAAACAGGGAGCACAGACCACUUUGUUCUGUGCCUUGGACCCAAGUCUAGAAAAUGUCUCUGGAAAGUACUUCAGUGACUGUAAGGAGAAGGAAGUGGCCCCUGAAGCAACUGAUCCAGCUGUGGCAGCUAGACUUUGGGCAAUCAGCGAGAAAUGGACUAGACUCACGUGACACCCACACUUUCACACAUAAUUAUUUA